AUUUUAAUAGAUGUUCUCAGGUGGAUUUCGUGGUUUUCCUGGAGGUUUUCCAUUUGGUGGUAUGGGAGAAGAAGAAUCAUCAGGUGGUAGUCAAGGUGAAGUAGACAAUAAAACAUUAUAUGAAUUAUUGGGAGUAGCUCCUUAAAGCACAACAGAUGAUGUAAAAAAGGCUUUUCGUAAGAAAGCUAUAAGAGAGCAUCCAGAUAAAGGUGGUGAUCCAGAGAAAGUAUUUAAUUAAUUUGAUUAAUAAUUAGUUUAAAAAAUUGACAGAAGCAUAUGAAAUACUUUCAAAUCCUGAGAAAAAAGACCUUUAUGAUCGUUUUGGUAUGGAAGGUGUUAAAAAUGGUGGAGGUGGAGGAGAUAUGGGAGAUAUCUUCAGUCAUUUUUUCGGUGGAGGCGGAGGCCGAAAAGAAUAAGGACCUAAGAAAAUGAAAGCUAAGAUGAGAGAAUAAUAAGUUACACUUGAAGAAGUAUUUGAGGGAAAAAUGAUUCAUUUAACUCAUAAAAGAAAAAGAGUAUGUGAAGGAUGUGAAGGUAAAGGUGGUGCAAAUGCAAAAACAUGUACUACAUGUAAAGGAAGAGGAAUGGUGCAAAAAUUAUAAAUGAUUGGACCAGGAAUGUAUUCAUAAUCAUCAGGACCAUGUUCAGAUUGUGGUGGUGAUGGAACUAUAUUCCCAGAAAAAGAUAGAUGCAAAAAAUGCAAAGGAAAUAAAGUUGUAGAUUAAGAAAAAGUUAUUGAAAUUCCAUUAGAAAGAGGUGUACCAGAUGAACAUGAUUAUUAAUUUUAUGGAGAAAGUGAUGAAUUACCAGGAAUUAUGGCUGGAGAUCUAUAUAUUAGAAUUAAAAUUAAAAAACAUGAUGUUUAUGAAAGAAAAGGUGCAGAUCUUUAUAUUAAUAAAAAAAUUACUUUAGUUGAAGCAUUAACAGGAACUUAAUUUACAUUAAAAUUCUUAGAUGGAACAAAUCUACAUAUCUCAACUAAAGCAGGAGAAAUUAUUUCACCAGGUAUUUUUUAUGUUUUUAUUAUUUUUUAGCAUAAAUAAAGACUGUAAAAAAGAAAGGUAUGCCAUGUUACAAAGAUGCUAUGAGUGAAGGAGAUCUUCAUAUUAGAUUUGAGGUUGAAUUCCCUCUUCCUGGAUAACUUAAAAAUGAUCAGAUAGAAUAAUUAAAAAAAGUAAUUAUAAAUAUUUAUAACAAGGUUUUACCUGGUCCUAAAUAAUAACCAAAACUUGAUGCUAAAAAAACAUUAUAUUUAGAAGAAUAUGAUGAAGCUCAUGUAAAUUCAAAUCCAGAAGGUGGUAAAAAGGAUGAAGAAGAUGAUGAUGAUGAAAGAGGAGGACAUGGAGGAUAAAGAGUCUAAUGUGCUUAAUAAUGAAAUAAAAUGUUAUAUGCAAAUUUAUUAAUUAUUAUUAUAAAAUCUAAA